UAUGAACCAGUUUUUUCAUAUAUAUAACUGCAUUCAUCAUAUAUAGUUUGCAACCAUAUAUCAUAAAGAAAGAGCCAAACACAUGGCACCGAAUUACGCUAAGAGAGUUAAAGCUUCCAUUGUUGCUUUGCUUGCCUUUCUCACCUUGAUCCCAAAAUCAUGUUCUUAUUCAUGCUGCACUCCUCCAGAAACAUUUUCAGAUGAUGAUCUUCUUGAAUUUCCUCUUAAUUUAGAAUAUUUGGAAGCUGAAUUCUUUUUAUUUGGAUCAUUAGGUCAUGGAUUGGAUGUAGUUGCUCCAGAGUUAGCAGAGGGUGGCCCUCCUCCUAUUGGGGCCAAAAUGGCCAAACUGGGUAAAUUUAUUAAGGAUAUUAUCUUGCAAUUUGGUUUGCAAGAAGUUGGACAUUUGAGGGCUAUAAAGAGCACAGUGAAGGGGUUCCCUAGGCCUUGUAUGGAUCUAAGCAUAUCAUCAUUUGCCAAGGUGAUGGAUAGUGCCUUUGGAAAACCUCUACACCCACCUUUUGAUCCUUAUGCAAAUGAUGUCAACUUUCUGCUUGCAUCUUAUGUGAUUCCUUAUGUUGGUCUUACCGGCUAUGUUGGCGCCAAUCCAAACCUGCAAAAUGCUACUUCGAGGAAGCUAGUUGCAGGCCUUCUAGGAGUGGAAUCAGGCCAAGAUGCAGUUAUACGAUCAUUGUUAUAUGAACGUCGUGCAUGGAAGGUGUAUCCUUAUGGAAUAACUGUGGCAGAGUUCACUAAUCGCAUCUCAGCGCUUAGGAAUGAAUUAGGAAAUGAGGGUGUGAAAGAUGAACCCGUCUCAGGAAAUAUCCUUGCUGGUGAUAAAAAUUCACUAUCAUAUUCAAGAACUCCAAAUGAAAUAUUGAGAAUUGUAUAUGGAAGUGGUGAUGAACAUGUCCCAGGUGGCUUCUACCCUAAAGGAGGAGAUGGUGUUAUAGCAAAAUCUUACUUAGUACUUAAUUAGAGUUAUUGAGGGUUAAUGUACUUAAUUAAAAGAGGAGCUAUUGCCUCUACAAUGUAGACAAAGAUUCUGGAGAGGAAAUAUAUAUAAUAAGCACUCUAUAUAUAUGGUUCAAUUAGUAUUUUUUGGAAAAAAUUUAAAGGUUACUGCAACUUAGGCCUGUGGAUACGAUAUGAAUGGACUUAAAUCUCCUGUAUUCACACAAUCAAUGAAUUACUUUGAAUAAUUGGAUCAA